UCCCUCUCCUGAAAACAAAAUUCAAUUCGACAGGCCUUAUUACAAAACCUGGACAUCCAGAGUUCCAGACCCGAUCGAUCACCGCGCGCCCGUCUCCUCUAACAACAGAUCAGCCGAUCCUUGAAAAGUCCACCCUCCACCACGGGCAACAGGAUGUCGAGCACCGGCGCGGCGGGCCCGGACGCCGACGCGGCGGCCGGCGAGGGGCUGGAGCUGGCGCAGUUCGGGGCGGGCUGCUUCUGGAGCGUGGAGCUGGCGUACCAGCGGCUCCCCGGCGUGGCGCGCACGGAGGUGGGCUACUCGCAGGGGCACUUGGACGGGCCGACCUACCGCGACGUCUGCGGCGGCGGCACCGGCCACUCCGAGGUGGUGCGCGUGCACUACGACCCCAAGGAGUGCCCCUACGCCGUGCUCCUCGACGUCUUCUGGGCCAAGCACAACCCCACCACGCUCAACAAACAGGGCAACGACGUCGGGACGCAGUACCGGUCGGGCAUCUACUACUACACGGCGGAGCAGGAGCGGCAGGCCAGGGAGUCGCUGGCGGAGAAGCAGCGGGAGUGGAAGGAGAAGAUCGUGACGGAGGUCCUCCCGGCGAGGAGGUUCUACCCCGCCGAGGACUACCACCAGCAGUACCUGGAGAAGGGCGGCCAGUCCGCCAAGAAGCGCUGCUCCGAUCCCAUCCGCUGCUACGGCUGAGCCUCAAGGUCAAGGAGCACUGCCCCAGUCUCCGCCCGCCAUUGCAGCUAGCUAAGCAUCGCCAUUAGCAUCAUAAAGGACACACCAUCUGCCUGACUGACUGUUUGGUGUUGUAGUAAUAAAUAAACCCAUGCGUGCAGCGUGUAAAGGUGAACUUGGCGCUUUGUUUGCUCGAUGAUCUAUGUUUA